GUGCAUUGCCAUAUCUAACUUGUGAAAUCAAAAAUCGGUUCCGUUCGGUGCUUGAACUUUUGAGAUAUUCUAGAAACACAUCCACAAUGGAGAACUUUAAGGGUCUACAAAAAUCCCUAUACAUAUGGACGGACAGCGCCGACUUGGACAAGCGCGUGGAGCAACUAAAGGCGGCCACUGGCGGCGAUGUGGCUUUGGAAAAUGUGCACCGCCUUUCGUUUUCUUCCUAUGCCAACUCCAGUUUCGACCUGAUUGUGAUCGAGUGCGCCCAGCUGACCGACAGUUACGUAAAACUGCUGCACAUGCUGAAACCGAGUGGCAAACUGCAUUUGGUGUCCUACAUCGGUCCGGCGGCUAGUUUGCUGCAGGAGAUCAAGCUAUCCGGAUUCAUAAACUGUCGCGAGGACUCUCCAGAUGCUUUGACCGCCGAGAAGCCUGGCUACGAGACAGGAUCCUCAGCCAGGUUGUCAUUCGCAAAGAAGAACGCCAGUGCAGUCAAUGUGUGGAAGAUAAGCGGUGACGAUGAGGAACUGAUCGAUGAGGAGGAGCUGCUGGACGAGGAAGACAAACAGAAGCCGGAUCCGGCUGGUCUGCGUGUCUGUAGCACCACGGGCAAGCGCAAGGCGUGCAAAAACUGCUCCUGCGGGCUGGCCGAGGAAUUGGAGACUGAAAAACAGAGCCAGAAGGCCACCGAGAAUGCCAAGUCAAGCUGUGGAAAUUGUUAUCUCGGCGACGCCUUCCGCUGCUCCACUUGCCCCUAUUUGGGCAUGCCCGCCUUUAAGCCCGGUGAGAAGGUGCAACUGGCCGACAACCUCCUGAAAUCCGACAUUUAACUUAGGCUCACCAUGGUAUACCCAAUCAAUCACAUUUCAAAUAGUUUAUUAAGCUGACUUACUAACAAACAAUAAUGUCAUAAUGUAAAUACAAAAAUGCACCGCGUCAUAAACACAGCAUGUAGAUUUAAAUAUCCAAGUGAUCACAUUUCGCAUGGUGUACCCUUGAUGAGAUCGCGGUUCUGGCCCAUCAAAAUACGAUAGUUGACGGCCGAGGGAUCGAGUUCCUUGUACAAAUAUGUCGGCAUCUUGUCGGACAGCACCCAAAUAGUGCCUUCAUUGUCGAUUUUCAUGUCAUUUGGAAAGACCAGAGUGUGCGAAUCGGAAUCGAUUAGCCCCUGGGUGUCCGGAGUGUAUGGACGCUUGAUGUUCCAACAAGCAAUGGCGUCUUUGUUCACCUGCGUAUAGAAGAUGACGCCGGUCUCGGGGUCAAAGACCUCGGCGGUGGACUGGCCAUUCAUGCCACGGUCACCAACGUAUUUAAAAUCGUAAUACGAAUCGCCAGCGGUCACGUGUGAUUCGUUUUGCAGCACGCGGUUCGAAACCUUGAACUCCUUGGUACUGGCCAGGGCAUGGAAAUAAAUGUCCUUGGAGUGAUCUGGAUUCAUUGGGCCCACGGCCAGCCCAAAAACGCCAUCCGUCCACUGGAAGUUCACGCCGCCCACAUUGAAAUCACCAUGCAGAGGAUCGAAGUGGAAGAAGUUGUGCUUGACGCGGUAGGAUUUGUCGUUCCUCAGGGAGUACACAAUCACACCGUAGGCACCCAAAUCCGGAAUGUAAGCAAAGGCAUCUUGGCACUCCGAGCGGUCCGCAUCCACAACCUAAAUAUUGAUUAAUUCGAUCAGUUUGGAAUUUAAAUAAUACGCCUAUGCAUACUCACAAUAUUCGCAAAGAACGAGUCCUCUUUGGUCUGAUCAGCGGGAAUGGUGAAACGGCGCAGUAAAGUAUCUGUUUUCAAGUCGAAAACCAGGAUUGAAUUGGGCGUAAUCUGCUUGGGACUGCCCAGGAUGUCGGCCAAGCCAGUAUCGAGCACCCACAGGCGAUCGCAUACGUCGACUUGAAUUCGGAAGGUGGAAAUGACAGUGGAGUUGUCCUUCAGCUGGAUGCCGGCAUCUUGAGCCUUGUCCGCGUCCAGACGUCCACCGGAUGGUGUCUUUUGGUCCUGUGGCUGCACAUCGAUGGGCAGCUUGUUGGCCUCCCAACUGGGAUACGGAUGCAGCUUUGGCGACUUCUCCGUCGAAUUAAUGUCGAUGUAGUUGAGUGUGGCAGCAACACCAGCCUUCCAUCUAAAGGGAAAACUUGUUUAGUUACUAAUUACAUUUAAACCUGACACUGGCAAGUAACAAAUUAAUAACAUUAAAAAGUACCAUUCACCUGCGCAAUUAUUAUGACUGAUUGGAUAUAGUCUAAUAUAAGCUAUAGUUUUAAUUUAUAUCUUAGCACUAUCAGUUAAAACUUUGACGGCAACUAUAGCUUAAAUAAUUAUGCUGUAUUAUCAACAAAAUAUACUUUUUUUACGUAUCUU